AUGUUCGGGAUCCAGGACGCCGUUCCCCGCGGCGUUACGGCCGGCAUGAAGGAGGAGCCGCUGGCCGUGCGCUCCUGGAUGCACUCGGCCGGCGUGGUGGACGCCAACACGGCCGCUCAGAGCGGGGUGGGGUUAGCGCGAGCUCACUUUGAGAAGCAGCCUCCGUCUAAUCUGAGGAAGUCCAACUUCUUCCACUUUGUGUUGGCGCUGUACGACCGGCAGGGCCAGCCGGUGGAGAUUGAACGCACGGUCUACGUAGACUUCGUGGAGAAAGAGAAGGAGCCGAGUGGAGAGAAAACGAACAACGGGAUUCACUACAAACUGCAGCUGCUCUACAGUAACGGAGUCAGAACGGAGCAGGAUCUCUACGUCCGGCUCAUUGACUCCAUGACCAAACAGGCCAUCAUCUAUGAAGGUCAGGAUAAGAAUCCGGAGAUGUGCCGAGUUCUGCUGACUCAUGAGAUCAUGUGCAGUCGCUGCUGUGAUAAGAAGAGCUGCGGAAACAGAAACGAGACGCCGUCAGACCCCGUCAUCAUCGACAGGUUCUUCCUGAAAUUCUUCCUAAAGUGUAACCAGAACUGUCUGAAGAAUGCUGGAAACCCACGAGACAUGCGGAGGUUCCAGGUGGUGGUGUCUACGACAGUGAACGUAGACGGCCACGUUCUCGCCGUCUCCGACAACAUGUUCGUGCACAACAACUCCAAACAUGGCCGCCGAGCCCGCAGACUGGACCCGUCUGAAGCCACUCCCUGUAUUAAAGCCAUCAGUCCCAGUGAGGGUUGGACGACGGGCGGAGCGACUGUCAUCCUGAUCGGAGACAACUUCUUCGACGGCCUGCAGGUCGUCUUCGGGACCAUGCUGGUCUGGAGCGAGCUGAUCACCCCCCAUGCCAUCCGGGUGCAGACCCCUCCCCGUCACAUCCCCGGGGUCGUCGAGGUCACGCUGUCCUACAAGUCCAAACAGUUCUGUAAAGGAGCUCCAGGACGCUUCGUCUACACAGCUCUGAACGAGCCGACCAUCGAUUACGGCUUCCAGCGGCUACAGAAGGUCAUCCCCCGUCACCCUGGAGACCCCGAGAGACUGCCCAAGGAGGUGCUGCUGAAGAGAGCAGCAGACCUGGUGGAGGCGCUGUACGGGAUGCCUCACAACAACCAGGAGAUCAUCCUGAAGCGAGCGGCCGACAUCGCCGAGGCGCUCUACAGCGUUCCCCGGAACCACAACCAGAUCCCGUCGCUAGGCAACACCGCCUCGCACGGCAUGAUGGGAGUUAACUCCUUCAGCGGACAGCUGGCCGUCAACGUCUCCGAUACAACGCAAGGUAUGCCAGUCAUUGGUUACAGCCGUAACACCAGCAGCGUGUCGCCGCGGGGAUACGUGCCGAGCUCCACCCCCCAACAGAGUAACUAUAGCAACAACGUAAGCAACAGCAUGAACGGCUACGGUAACACCGGCAUGCCAAACUUAGGAGUGGCCACUUCCCCCGGCUUCCUGAACGGGUCAUCUGCCAACUCUCCCUACGGCAUUGUUCCCUCCAGUCCGACCAUGGCUGUGUCUAACUGUAACUCCUCCCACGGAGUUUUCUCUUUCUCGGCUGCCGUCAAACAGAAGAGCGCCUUCGCGCCCGUCGUCCGGCCGCCAGCGUCCCCGCCGCCAAACUGCUCCGGAAACAACGCUAACGGGCUGCAAGCAAUGGCCGGCCUCGUCGUUCCUCCGAUGUAA